AAUAAAUUUAAAAGAUGAGUCUCUCAAUCAAUAGAUGGAUCGAUCAGUAUCCAUUUAUCGCAAAUGAGGAAAGUAAUAUAACACUUGGUCUUACUUUCUUCACUACUUCUCUAAUCUUAUUUGGAACUCGUAACAGCAACUUCUGGUAUCCAACUCCCACUGAUCUGAAGGAGAUAGAUCUUUCCAAAGAAACCAAGGAAAGCUUGAUGAGCAAGCUAGAUAAAGGAAGCCAGCUAACUCCAGUUAAGUUAAGAGGAGCCACCAUUACAGCUUCAACAAUGAAAGAGAACAAUUUUGAUGUCAAAAGAGCAUUUUCAGCAGUUCCAGGAAAACCAAUUGCAGCUAGUGAUCCUGAAGGAUCUAGUGUGCCUAUACCAAGAGAGAUUGCCAAAUUCUACAAUGAGAUAGACAGAUCACUGUACAAGACAAGGGAGUUGAGACAGUCUAAGAAUGAUUUUUACUUAACAGCUGGGGAUUCAAAGAGCCCAACCAUAAUGGUAAAGAAUGAUGGAGGAGAAUACACUAAUCUGCGUUAUCUUAAGACUUAUGACAACGAUUACUACAAGAAAGUGCUCAACGACUCUCCAAUAAAUCAAAUCAUCGAUAAAGCUCAGUUUAACGAUGUAAGAAUGGUCCUUCUUGAAGGAGAGAUCAUCACUCUCGGAGGAUAUCUCCACUACAACUCUAAAGAAGAUGAGCUUCAGAUUGCUCAUAUCUUUUCAAUCGCUUCAGGAUGUGCUGAGAAAUUAUUCGAUAAUGCUUUCAAGUUCUACAAGAGGAAUCGGAACAUGCUCAAAUAUUUGGCUGGAGUCUCCCUCUGCAUAUCAGUUCUAUUCUUGACAUUCAGUUAUCAGAGAAGUAAGUCACUGGGUUAGUCUUAUUAGAUGCGUACAGUGAAAAGCUUAAAGAGAGAUGUAGGCAGGAUCUUGACCAGAACGGACCGACCGAAGGCCAAGAAUGCAGGAAGUGUGGGUACUAUAGAGCAACAGUGGUGUUCCUGCCAUGCUACCAUAAGAGAAUCUGUGAGAGCUGUAGCCCCAAAGUCACCAGUUGCCCUGACUGUGCCUGGCUUCCAAUUUAUAAAGCAAAAGGGAAGAUUUAUACAAACGUGAUUGA